AAAAAACAUGCAUGUUAUAUGCCUAAUGUCAUAUCACUGACAAUUCAAAUUCGUAUUUGUCAAGUUCUGACUUCUGUCAGUUCUGAAUUCAGUCGGAUCCAAUAACCUAAAAUAAAUUUAUUUUUAUUCUUGAACACUCGGAGAGUCAUCUAACAAACAUUUAACAAAUUAUACACAAAGUUUUAAUCCAGAAACCAUGUCGUACCAGUCAGUAGGAUCAGCUCCCGCCUCAGGUGGCGCUUCGGGUGGCAGUGCUGCUGAUGAACAACGCUCGGGAGGAACCGUUGCAGGUAGCGGCUCGGGCGGCGCCGAGGAGAAGGUGUACGGUGGCUGCGAAGGUCCGGACGCGAUGUACGUGAAGCUGGUGUCUUCAGACGGGCACGAGUUCAUCGUGAAGAGGGAGCACGCUCUCACAUCAGGCACUAUCAAAGCGAUGCUCAGCGGUCCGGGACAGUUUGCUGAGAACGAGGCUAACGAGGUCAACUUUAGGGAGAUACCAUCCCACGUCUUGCAGAAGGUGUGUAUGUACUUCACGUACAAGGUGCGCUACACAAACUCCUCCACAGAGAUCCCGGAGUUCCCGAUCGCUCCAGAGAUCGCCUUGGAACUGCUCAUGGCCGCUAACUUCCUCGAUUGUUAGGUUUUCGUGUAUGAGGUCUUGGGUGUAGUGAAAUAGUAAUACAAACCAAAAUAUUACUAGGUUUUAUAUUCCUACAUGUAGAAAAUAAUUAACGCCAUCUAGCGGUUUACUGAGUGUAUGUUUUCUCGUAUAUUUCUCUUUGAAAACAUACUUUUUUGUCGAUAAAUUUUGGGUUAUAUUACUCUUUCAUUUAUUAUUGCAUUGAAAUAAUUCACAUAUGAAGUGUAAAAUCGAAUGAGAACAAGAAAAACAAUAUGUUCCAACUAUAGUGAUGUCGUUAGGUAUGCGUAAAGUCGAUAACUAAUUGACAUCAUGUUUUAAAUAAACAAUGUUAGAACUUAACACGAAGAGGUUUAAUUUAUUUUUUAACUUGUAUAUUUAUUGUUUAUUAACAAAUUUAGUCGUUUUCAUAUUACGUAAUUCCAUUGAGUAAAUGGAUUUGCAGUCUAAUAUAGCAUAAAGUGUCUUACGAAAUCAACUGGUGAAAAUUUUAAUAAUAAUCUUAUACUUAAGCUGUAGUCAUCUUCGAAGGGGUAGACAGAGGCACAACUAAAGCAUCCACAUUGCGGGAAGCUUAUAUCACUCUUGAGAUGCCUUAAAGGGCAAGUCUAUCGCCAUUUACUUGAUAUAAAUUUGUCUCGAUAAAAAGAAAUUAAUAAAUAUUUUUCCAAAGAUUUUUUUAUAAAAUCUUAUUAUUUAAUUGCGAUGUGAUUGUAAUGUUGCAGAUAUUUCGAUAUUCAUUUAAUUUGUAAUAAAUAUUCUGUAGUUUUUAAAUUUCCAACUUCAACUUCAAAUAUUAAAUUGUAGAUUUUUUGAAAUAAAUACCCAUAUCGAUAUAAUUGCUACAUGGUUUUUAUCGAUAUUUUACUCGAUAACUUUAAUAAUAGUGACUAAGAUGUAACGUGUUAGGGCGUAUGACAAAUGGAUAUAAGGCAUUACAGUUUAAAAUUAACCUGGAUUUUAGUAAAUCAUCUGACUUCUGUAUUGAAAAAAACCAGCAGCUGUUGUCAUCGAAUAAUGGACUUUAUUAAAAAUGGCUUGUAGUUCACAUCUAAUGUCACCUAUCUUUAUCGAUAAGCCUCUAAAGGUAAUAUUUUUAAUUUUUAUAUCUUGCAUACAUUGAAAGAUCUCAAUAUCUUUUUAUUAGCAGACACCAUUUAGAAUAAUCCAAAAUGAUACAUGACAGUCAUAUUCGAUUUGGAAUUGGAUAAGGCUAGGGUUCUUAGUUUAUGUUGCAAUUAUAUAUUAACAAACCAAACUGCUUUGUAUUUUGUUAAAUAAACCAAAAAUUUUGUA